AUGGUGAUGAAGACUAUAGCGUGUGUAGCCUGCAAGAGACGCAAAGUGAGAUGUGACUCGUCCAAACAGGUUCCCUGCAGUAACUGUGUACGAUAUGGGAAGCACUGCAUUGCCAGCGAUGAUAGACGUAGUUUACGGCCAACAUACCAGGAGUUGGAGACCUUAAGAGAGAGAGUCAAGCAGCUGGAGAGACACGUACAAGAGCUGAAUUCAGAUGUUCUCAUUCAGCGAGAGGAAGUUAUGCAAGAAGCCAGUCCGGUUUAUCCAAAGCCUAGGAGUUUCCAGAGUUUGUAUAGGCACAAGGUGAACAUCUAUGGUCCUCCAAGUAUAUUUGAUGAGGAUGGAGAAGAUGGCGAAAGAGAGGGGGAGAAUCUAGAUGACGAAGAGGGGGGAGAUGGUGCCGAGAAUAAUAUGAAGAAGAGAAAAAUGGAUAUGUAUAAGAAUGAGAGACUGGGGUAUCUAGGAGAGAAUGUUGAUACCAUCAGUGAUUGCAGCAGUGAGAGGAGUAUUAGUAAGCGGAACAAUUUGUCUAAGAUUGUUUUAGUCAGUCCAGUCAACAAGCUAAACAAGGAUCCAAAGGUGAUACAGUUUGUCAAGACUUUCUUUCAGUGGUUCUACCCUGAUUUACACAUGUUUAUUCCAAGGGAAACGUUUUUAGUUGAGUUUUAUCAUCCAAGAAGAGAACAGGUUUAUUGUAAUAUUGCGUUAGUAUAUGCAAUCUGUGCCAUUGCAGGCGGAGGCGAUGGAUAUUACGAGGUUGCGAGGAAACAGAUGGAGAAGCCGUCCAGUGCAGUCAUUGGUAUCCAGGGGAACAUAUUACUUGGAUUAUACGAGCUAAGGAAGGGGGACCGAAGGAAGGCAUGGCUAUCGGUUGGUCUGGGUCUACGUAUUGGAUUGGAGAGUGGGUUCCAUUUAAAGUUGGAGAGGGCAAACAAGUUAAUGGUACUAUUUAGGAGCCGGAUAUAUUGGGGGUGUUUUAUAAUUGAUCACCUAAUGAGUUUCCUCCUUGGACGUCCCCCAAUGUUGAGGAUUGAGGAGUCAAGUAUCGAGGAGAGUGAGAAGGUUCCUGAUUUAGAAUGGAUCAAGGAGUUCAACUUUGCCGGCAAGGGUAUAUUAGAUGUCAGUGCUACAUUAAGGGCUAUAGUUUCAUUGAUCAUCAUUGUAGACGAAUGGAUCCUUGGUAGGUGUGAGGACGUUGAACUUAUAAAUGGCCAUCUACAACGAUGGAGAAACGAGUUGAGUGAAGAGAUGCAAUGGGAUGAGGGUAAGCUGAAAUCUAAGGCCUAUCAUCCACCAGACGUUGUACAUAUUAUGUACUACUAUAUGGUAUUUAUUGGUAUCAAUCGUCUAUAUGGGGAAGGUGAGUUUCUUGAUAACGCCAUUAAUGAAGGAGUACUGGUUAUACAAACCCAUAUUGAGGCUCAUGGAAUUAUGAGAUGUACAUUGCUUAUGCAUUGUUUGGCACGAACCAUCCUUAAGGUGCGUCCUGGCCAUUCUCUCUGUGUAGGAAUUCUCGAGGAGAGGGUACCAAACACGGGUGCUGACCAUGAUGCUGGUGUUAAUGCACUCUCCUCUAUAGGAGUUGGUCGUGGUGGUGGUGAUGAUGAUGCCCAGAACGCUGUCUACAAUGUUACACAGAAUGGCAAUUACAACAUGCAAACUGGAGAUACGCAUACCAACCACUUCCUCGAUAUGGAGCUUGACUUAUCGGACACAGCCGACUCCGAUAUGAAUAUGAUUCUCGACAUCGAGAGGUGGUUUACUCUUCUCCCAGAGUGA